GACGGCCGUACCGUGGAAAACCCAGUGACAUGUGGGCGUUGGGCGUGGUGCUCUUCACCAUGCUCUAUGGCCAGUUCCCCUUCUACGACAGCAUACCUCAGGAGCUUUUCCGCAAAAUCAAGGCUGCAGAGUACACCAUCCCCGAGGAUGGACGGGUCUCGGAAAACACUGUGUGCUUGAUCCGAAAACUGCUGGUCUUGGAUCCACAGCAGCGUCUGACAGCGUCGGAAGUGCUGGAUUCUCUCAGCUCCAUCAUAGCAUCGUGGCAGUCUAUGUCCUCGCUGAGUGGCCCUUUGCAAGUGGUGCCAGACAUCGAUGACCAAGUGGCUAACCCUGAAAACCCCCAAGAG